UAUGAUCGGUCUCGGUGGUUCAGAAUUUGGAGAUCAGUGGGUUAGGAUAAGAACCCUGAAAUCACCGAUUAUUUGAGUGAAUCCUUACAAUUUGGUGUCAAGAAAUGUUAAAGAUCGUGUUCCUCACGUUAUUCGCCAUCGGCACAGCUCUAGGCGAUGGGGAGUUGGUCAUUCUGAAUAAUCCUGCCAGUGUACACUUUGAUGGGACACAUACCAUCAACCAGAGCUGUCUGAAGGAAGUCUUCACUGUUGUUCUUGGAUACACCCCUAAAUUGACUCAACCGUGGGAUGGAGUGACGAUUACAGAUCCCUUCGCCCUUCCAGAGGCUCUCGUGAGUAUUGCAAUCGAGGGAGUUGAGACGCUGAAAUCACCCAGGGGAAAGCACUUUCCUCUGAACGUCGACGAGGUCGAGGAAACCACGUGGCAGGCAGUCUCUCGUCGCCUGGAGGAACGAGACAAUAAUAAUACUCUCGUUAGGAUUUGUGUUGGCGAUGGACUGGACGCUCUGGGGCAAUCGGCCCUCGGUGAACUUAAGCCAAAUCCAGUGGACGCAUCGUCUCUGAAGCAUCUCAGCCUCAGCAAUGACGAGGACCGAAAAUUCAUCGAGGAACUCGAGCUGCUUCGAGCAAUUGCCCAGAAGGUCCCCUCAACAAUCACAGCCAACUCCAAACCAGAUGUCUACUGGUUCGUCGUCUCUGGGCUUCGACCAGUGAUAGACCUGCAUGGAAAGGACUCUGAGGCGACCAAGGAGGCCUUCAAGCUCCUCAACGACGCCGUCAACGACGUCUCCAAUGCAUUCACUGAUAUUUACAAUGGACAAGUCGUCGUUGCAGUAUUCACCAAUGAUGUCAGGUCCAUUCAGUCACGUGUACGAAGGGAGGAGAAAGUCGGGGAAACUGAAAAUCUGGAGGCUACUUCCCAAAACGCCACUGACACUCUCAAUAAAAUUGAUAAGAGCAUACGAAAGAUGGAGAAUGAUACUGAGGAACUUGUUGAACUCAUCAACGAUCUAGAAACAACGACACGAGACUCUGAGAAAUCGACCACUGAGUCUGAUUUGAAAGAGCGGAAACACGAGAUUCACUCGAUGCAUAGUAGUGAAAAUGAUUAUGACCCUGGAAAGCCAAUCAAGUUGAGACUUUCGAAAAGGUACUCGGCGAAUUAUCCUGUUAUUUUCAACAUCUUCUUGUGGUUCGGAGUCGUUUUCUUCUUCUCUCUCCUCGCCAUCUGCAUUGCCAUUGCUCAAAUGGAUCCGGGCCGAGACUCCAUAAUCUACAGAAUGACUUCCAACAGAAUGAAGAAAGAUAACUAAACCCCAUUAAUCAGCACUUAGCAUUCGACAAUGUGAUAAAAUAAUUACAAGUCACUUGUGUUUUCCAAAAAAUGGUGUUGAAUGUCGAGCACAAGUUCAUCGCUGUUGUAAAUUCAAUAUCAAGUAUUGUAUCGUGUAAAGUCUGCUGUAGAAACCUCAAUUUUUCCGUUAAUUAAUUAAUGAUAUAAAAAGAUUGUGUGCCAAGGGUAGGGCCCAGUGCAUUCCUUCAUCCCGAUCGAUUAUUUAACAUAGAAUAAUAUAAAUAAUUGAUGGAAAGUGAACCUGCCGAGAGACACCACAGAAAACGAACAACAUACCAUGAAUAACGUAAUUGUUAAUUAAUAAAUGAAGAAAAAAAUUACUCAUUAGUAAAGUGGUUAAAAAUUACGAACCGAUACUUUGAGUACACAAGUUUGAGUUCCAUUCUUUGCCCUUUACUAAUGUUGUUUUUAAUUGUAAAUUUAGUUGAUACUUAAGAUGUUCUUGUUAAAUGGACAAACGAUGUGCAUAAAUCCGCCUAAAAAUGGAAUCAGGCUUGGGUGUAAAAAAACUGUAUCAUUGAUAAUAUAGAUUAUGUUACUUCGAA